CUAGCGCUGCACGCUCUACAGCACGUACUGCAAUCACGCGCUACAAUUUAUCAACACAAUCAACGUAUUCAGGCUUUGGAAGACCAAGAAGACGAGCAACAAAAAGUCUCUGACAAUGAUAACGAUGAGGAAGAAGAAUCGUGGCGUGAUCAAGGAUUUACCCGACCAACGGUGUUGAUUCUCCUACCUACCCGAAGUACGUGUCAUGAUUUUGUCAAGACACUCCUGUCUCUACUACAGCAGGAUCAGCCUCAGCAGCCGAAUUCCAGGGAUGACGAUGCUCGAGACCGGUUUGAUCAAGAAUAUGGUCCCUUGCAAGUGGACGAUGCCGACAUGGACGAGAAUGCCCGUGUAUAUCGCCAGAAGGCUAUUCAAAGUAAGGGCUCGGAUUGGCACGAAUUAUUUGGAGAGACUGCAAACGAUGACGACGACUUCAAACUCGGGUUAUCCCUUCACCCCAAACGCAGAAACAAAAAGAGCGUCACGGAAUCUACGUGUGAUAUCAAGCUCUAUUCCGAUUUCUACAAGAGCGAUAUUAUCGUGGCAUCGCCGCUAGGACUGAAAAUAUCUGUCACACCGGAGUCGAUUUCGGAAACUUCAGACAACGACGCAGAUUUCCUUUCCAGCAUCGAGAUGUGCAUUGUGCACCGCUCCGACGUGCUGUUGAUGCAAAAUUGGGAUCAUGUGAUGGAUUUGCUGCCAUUGCUGAACCAGCAGCCAAAAAAGACCAACGAUACGGAUUUCUCGCGCGUACGACCGUACCUUCUAGCCGGACAGGCUGCACAAUGGCGACAACUCAUCAUGACAAGCCAAUUUUUGGAUCCCUUGAUUUUGUCUACAUUCAAGCGUUUCUCCGAGAAUCGACAGGGUCAAGUCCGUAUUCGCCGCAAGACACCCGCGGAAGAAGCCAAUGUCACCAGUGUACUGUUGCCCGUUCGUCAAGUUUUUCAGCGUGUGUCCUGCAGCACCAUAGCGAAUCAAGGAGCCGAUCGUGUACGCUAUUUUGUCGACAGCGUACUCCCUCAGAUUCAAAGGCACAAGCAGCAUCACACCAUGAUUUUCAUUCCGUCUUAUUUUGACUUUAUAUCGCUCCGCAACAUCUUGUUGAAGAAGGAAGUUGAAUUCGUAUCCGUGACCGAGUACGCCCGGACUAGCGAAGUGAGCCGGGGUCGGGCUCGUUUCCUGCAGGGCCGCAAACCGAUCAUGCUGUACACGGGUCGAGCACAUUACUUUUUGCGGCACCAGAUCAAGGGAAUCCGACACCUAAUUUUUCUAGGUGUACCGGAAGAGGCAUCUUUCUACGCGGACCACGUGAAUCUUCUCAAUGAAGGGUUGGAGAAGAGGGACGAUAUAAUUAUGGAUGACGGAUUGGCAAGUUGUUUGGUGUUGUACACCAAGUAUGACUCGUACGCUUUGGAACGGAUAGUUGGAACGGCCAACUGUAGUCGUAUGGUAAGGGGAGAAAAGUCGAGCUUUAUCUUCGCCUCGUAA